AUGAAUAAGAGGAUUCGUACUUCUGUGAAGAGAAGGCUAGAAAUAAAUGAUGCAACAGGGAUAGAGGUGGCUAGGAAUUUUCAUUUUAUAGUUGUUGAAGCUGGGGGAUAUGAGGCAUUAACAUUUGAUGAACGAGAUGCAAGGAAUCAUAUUGAGAAUGCUAGGAAAUUAAGACUUGGGCCUCAACAUCGAUGGUGCUUAUGGCAUGUAAUGAAGAAAAUUCCAGAGAAAUUGAGAGGAUAUUCCCAAUAUGAAUCUAUCAAGUUCACUUUGCAAAAUGCAGUUUAUGAUAGUUUCACAAAAACUGAAUUUGAUGAAGAAUGGCAAACAAUGCUUGCAAAGUUCAGUCUUUAUGAUAAUGAAUGGUUGGGGUGGUUUGAGUUUAGGGGCAUUAUAUGUGCCCAUCCAUUUAGUGUGCUCAUUGAGAGGUGCAUCUAUGAAGUUCCAAAUAAAUACAUUGUGGAGAGAUGGAGAAAAGAUUUAGAAUGA